AUGGAGGUCGAGCAGAUGGCCGCAGACGGCACCUUAUCGGGUGCACCAGGAGAGGCACCGGAUUCCCAAAGUCGUUCUAACGACCCCCUAUUCGAGUCGAAGUACUUUACGCGAGAAGAAUUCGCUCCUUUCACCCUGCCAUAUGGGACCCUUUGCUGUAGCAGUGAAGGAAACACUGGAGAUGUGGACAAACCCGCGGAAAUAGACAACACUGACCCAAAAGCAUGGGCAGCGGGCGUGUUCGAAAACUGCAUUUCUUUCAUACGCGGUAGUCAGGACCCGACGAAAACAUGCGAGUGGUACCAUGACUUCAUCGCCCUCACGAACCUGCAGGCGGCCUUGUACGCCGACCACGAACUACUGCAAGGUGGGGAAAACUUGGAUUUGAUAUUGGAGUACACUAACAAACAUGUGAGAAAUCUUCGUUCUUCAGUGGCUAAAAACGCCCUGUUUUUGGUUGGAUGCAUCAUAGAGGCGACCGAACACGACACCACCCUGUUCGUGGCGGUGUCACUCAGGCUCCUCCCUCAUCUAUUCAAAUGCAGCACCUCGGAGAAGAUUGUCUAUCGCAAGCCAGCCAUACAAAAUAUUGUUGCCAUCUGCCAACGUUGCCGCAGCAGCGAGAGUGUCGCCAUCGCAUGGAUGCUCAUCGACCAUGCUCUCGACCGGAGCCCGAAGAUUUGCGCAGCAGCAACAAUUGGCAUGGAAACAUUCUUCGGCCACUUCGAAGAAGAGCUGGUGACGACUCUCGACCUGGAGGAGGUUGCUGAACGCUUUGAGCCCUGCCUAGCGGGACGCAACGUCACGCUAAGGAAGCUGUGUUCAGAUAUCGUAAUCAAAAUAGCGGAUAGGCUCUCUUUGGAUACAAUACAGAGCUGGUUGUCAUAUGCUGCUUCUAAGCGGAACUUGAAGAAACUAUUGAAACCAUACGUACCCACUCCCGAACCAAGUGAGCCAUUGUCGGACGAGACCAACGAUGAAAUCGUAGCCUCAUCAUCCGGCGAAACGUCGACAAACGGAAUAGUGAAAGAUGAAGUAGAACAAACUUCCCCAAUAUCUGAGGAGCAACGGCCAGACGCAACAACUGACGUAGCAGCAAUAGACACAACCGAAGAGCUGACCGGAGCAGUAACGACCCAAGCAGAAGCAACAGAAAAAAACGAAGAGUAG